AUGACAUCUAUCCAGCUGUCACUGCUACUCCUCUGCCUGACCUCGUGUGGUGUUUGUCUUGACGGGGGGCAGCCCCUUCCAGAGGGAAGUGAGAACAUGGGACAAACUCCCCUAGAUGACAUCCUGCAGAGACCCGAAAGCCUCAUUCUUCAGUCUGUCCUCAAGAAAGCUGAAAGAGAAGAGGAGACAAAUAGAGAAUCAAAUGCCCCUCUGCCAGAAUGGCUUUCCAAAAGACAACACCCUGGGAAAAAGUACCUAAGUGACCUGGAGAAGAGACAACAUCCUGGAAAAAGAGAUGUUGAGCAAGAUGCAUCUUACGGAGACAUUCAGAAGCGGCAGCAUCCAGGGAAAAGAGAGAGAGAAGAUGACCUUGAUGGCUAUCUGGAGCUGACAAAGCGACAACAUCCUGGCAGAAGGUCACUGUCAGAUCAGCCUGCUAACAUUCCUAAUACACAGCUAACCUACUUGAAUGAGUUAUCCAAAAGACAGCACCCAGGCAGAAGGUAUCUGAUGUACAAGCUCCAGCAUCCUAGCAAAAGAGGCUGGAAUGAUGACGUAGACAUAAAUGAUCAAUAUGGUGAGAAACACCAGGAUCCUAGAAAAAGGUACUGGAAUUCUGAAAGCCUAGAUGAUGCAGGCCCCUGCACCUUUCAGGAGUCCUUCACCUGUAACAAAGGCAGCUUGUUGCUCAAUUUAGUAGAAAAUGUUAGCAAAUACAGGGUAGAAGAAAAACGUCAGCACCCAGGAAAGUGA